GAAAUAACAAUAUCCGAAUAACUAAUCUCCCAUGGAUAGCUCAUAUAACUUGUUCCAACCGAACAAGGCCAAAUUUUAAUGUUUAAAGAUAAGUUUUUUUUUUUUUUUAAUUAUUAUUAUUAGUUUGUCCAAAAGCUAACACUCCCAACAAUUUCACUUAUAAACUCAUGUUCUUUCUGCUGAAUUUUUAAUUACAACUUAUCUUCAAAUUAAUUGCCAAAAAAAUGGAGCUCCAUGGGCAAAGAGGUUCAAAUCCUAAAGCUGUUCUUGCUUCCCUGCUGAAUAAAAGAGAAAAGCUUCAAGAAGAGCUGAGAAAUGUUGAAAAACAAGUUUAUGAUCUCGAGACGAGUUAUUUGCAAGAAACGGGCUCCUUUGGGAACGCGUUGAAAGGUUUUGAAGGCUUUCUAUCAACAUCGAAUAAGAAUUCAAACCUUAAAAGGUCAAGAAAAUUUCAGCUUGAGGACAGGUUAUUCUCAUUGUCUUCAGUUACUUCACCAGCGGCGGAAGAGCUUGGACUUGGACGCGAAGAUGGAAGACCAGAUCCUACUCAAGGUCGAAUGAGGGGAGGAGCUUUCGCAAAUAACGGACAGGGCAAACCGAAGAAGGGAAGAACAGGACCCCGAGAUGGAAAGAAGUUCCGGAUAUCAAACGACUUGGAUCCUGACGAUGAAGAUGAUCCAGAUUUAAACCUGAGAUAGCUAUCUCUAACUUCCUUUCAAGAACUCUCUAAUUUGUAUCGUUGUCUGUUGUACCAUAAAACUGUAUCAUCACACUGUUAAACAAAACCUUAGAUAAUUAUGUAUGCAGUUGUGAUUAAUUUCGAGCUUUAGCUGUAGUUGUGGAUGUGCCCAAGAACUUCCCUAGACAAAGUACAUGCUCUGAUUUGUUUUGUACAGUAACAUAAUUUGACAAGCAACAAAGUGUGUCAACUUUCAAGUGUUCA